AUGGAGAUGUAUUUAAACCCUUCUACACCCCCCGAGUCCGGCAGGGUCCUCUACCCCGUCGCCAGCAUGCGCCACCUAGAGCUGUGGGGUAACGUACUACAUCCGCUGGAACCCCCGCAUCCGACAACAGGAUUGGCGCUGACGCUGGACGUCCCUUUGGGUGCCAUCGGUCGGGUGGAGAAGAUGGGCGCUUCGAGCAGAGGGGAACACUCCUACGGCCUGGACAUCACCUGCAAGGACAUGAGGAACUUGAGGUUCGCCCUGAAGCAGGAAGGUCACAGCAGGAGAGAUAUCUUCGAGCUCAUCUUCAAAUACGCCUUCCCCGUCUCACAUGGUCUGCCACUGUUUGCAUAUGUGACUCAGGAGAAGUACGGGGAGAGCGGCUGGGACAUCUACAAACCCAUAGAGGAGUUCAGACGGCAGGGCUUACCCAAUAACAAGUGGCGCAUCACCUUCAUCAAUAAGAACUACGAGCUGUGCGACACCUACCCCACCGUGCUGGCCGUACCCUUUAAGAGUAAAGAGGAGGACCUCAGGAGAGUGGCAGCCUUCAGGUCCAGAGGACGCAUACCCGUCCUGUCGUGGAUCCACAGGGAGAACCAGGCGGUGAUCGCCCGCUGCAGUCAGCCUCUGGUCGGGAUGUCCGGGAAGAGAAACAAAGACGACGAGCGCUACCUGGACGUGAUCAGAGAGGCCAACGACACCUCCAAACUCACCAUCUUCGACGCCCGGCCCAGCGUCAACGCCGUGGCUAACAAGGCCACAGGAGGAGGCUACGAGGGCGACGAGUACCAAAACGCAGAGCUGGUCUUCCUGGACAUCCAGAACAUCCACGUCAUGAGGGAGUCCCUGAAGAAGCUCAAAGACAUUGUGUACCCCAACGUGGAGGACUCUCAUUGGCUGUCCAGUCUAGAGUCCACACAUUGGCUAGAACACGUUAAGCUGGUGUUGUCAGGAGCCAUCCAAGUAGCAGACAAGGUCUCCAGCGGACAGUCUGUGGUGGUGCACUGCAGCGACGGCUGGGACCGCACCGCUCAGCUCACCUCUCUGGCCAUGCUGAUGCUGGACAGUCACUACAGAACGCUCCGAGGCUUCCAGGUGCUGAUCGAGAAGGAGUGGAUCAGCUUUGGGCACAAAUUUGCUUCGAGGAUAGGUCACGGCGACAAGAACCACGCGGAUCAGGACCGAUCCCCCAUCUUCGUGCAGUUCAUCGACUGCGUGUGGCAGAUGACUAAACAGUUUCCUACAGCCUUUGAGUUCAAUGAGCGCCUCCUGCUGACCAUCCUGGAUCAUCUCUACAGCUGCUGCUUCGGGACUUUCCUCUACAACUGUGAGAGUGCACGAGACCAGCACGAGGUGAGGCUGAAGACGGUGUCUCUGUGGUCUCUGGUCAACAGUAAGAUGGAGAUGUAUUUAAACCCCUUCUACACCCCCGAGUCCGGCAGGGUCCUCUACCCCGUCGCCAGCAUGCGCCACCUAGAGCUGUGGGUAACGUACUACAUCCGCUGGAACCCCCGCAUCCGACAACAGCAGCAGAGCCCGGUGGAGCAGCGCUACAAGGAGCUGCUGGCGCUCAGAGACGAGUACUUGAAGAAGCUGGAGGAGCUGCAGCUGUCCGACUCCUCCCCUUCCUCCCGUCUGGCCAACACCCCCAACUCCUCCUCCUCCACCUCCUCCACACCACCACAGCAAUACACACAACUACAAACUCCCCUCUGAGGGCUGGUGACACACACACACACACACACACUCAGAUCUACUUGUUGACUUGCACUUAUGUCCUCUGAUUCCUGUCAGUCUCACACACAGGGAACUAAUACGUAACGAAGAAUGCUAACAAGAGUUUAGAUUUGAUGGGUUAUUCUAACAUGUGAGGGUGAUUUAUGCAAUAUGUCACAGUACAGCCUUGUCACAAGAUUUUUUACACACAGACACACACACACACUCACUCACCACACAGGGAAGCCUUAAAGACAUUCAGUGGCUUUCGGUCCAAGGGCUUUUACACACAGGGCACACAGUGGAUGUGUAUAGGCGUUCAUUUAUUCUCUUCUAUAGGUAGAUCCCUUUAGCUGUCAUUUGUUAUGCUAGGCUAGGCUAACCGUGGAGUCUCUCAUGCACAGGUUCAAGUCAAAUUAGUGUUGUUUUUGACAUUUUAACUCAAAGUGUUAUCAAUUUCACUUUUUCACGAGAUCUUGAACUGCCAACUCCACUCCCCGAUGAAAACCCCUGAGACGCACCACAGAUUAUUUUUGUCAAGCGUAAGAAUAGAUUGUUUAAAUAAUAUGAGGUAAACAGAAAAAGAGUUAUGAAAAAAGGAAACAAUACAUUUCUUGGAAACACAUUUCACAGUGCGCACAAAGCGAGGUUACACUUUUGUCCCUCCUACGUCCCGCUACACAAGCGUUGGUGUCCUGUGUGAACAAAGCGAAAUGCUAAUCAAGUUUCUCCCUUCGCACACUACUUCCUGCUGCGCUGCACCGCUCCCUUUGCUUUGAGGAAGUGUUAAGAACGGCUGUAUAUAUCAAGCGUUUCAGAUUUGGAUGGUUGAUGUGGAAUUAGUUGCUUAUCGACUGACGAUGAAAAGCUAGCAUUGUCACGUUUGGUUAGCCACUGCUAACCGCUAAGCUCGCCUAAGCAGUAUUGUUCAGCACUUCCUAAGCUAGAGAGCAAAAUUACUUCUAGCCAACUAAAGAGUUUGGCUAGACUCAAUCAGUAAUAUGCUUUAAUAAAUGCAACUUUGGAAAUAUUUUCAUAUGCUCAAGAUGAUCUAGGGACAUGAAGUGGUGCUGGCCCCUGAUCCUGGAUCCCCUCUUGUGCUUCUGUUCUCAGAUCCUGAAUGAAAGUCAGCCAUGGUCCAUGAUAGCCUUACCAUGCCAAGAUGUUUGAAACCAGCACCAGUUAUUGGGACAGGGGGCAGAGAUUAACCAGUUACUCUCACUCCCCCCCUUUACUUUCUUUUUCUUUUUGUAAACCUGAGUGUUUCUAGAUAUUCUAUCCACAACAAAAGUCCCAUAUGAAACUUAAUCUCAUAGCACUUGUGCCUUUUGGACAGGUGUUGAUAUAUCCCCUCCUUGUUUCAUGUGGGUCCGUUUUUACAUUAGAAAGGGAAGUUUAGGUCAGAAUGAAUGUUUAUUCUCCAUUUGCCAGUUAUCUGAUUAAUUGAGGUAACUGUCAUUGGAUGGACUUGUUUACAACUGCUUGCUUGGUUGUCUCUGCUCAUGUUUUUGUCCAAUUGGAAUCCAGCUUUGUGUGGCAAAUUGACUGUUUAUCUGAAGAUAUUGGCUUGGAGAUUUGUGCAAAACGGGUUAUCAAAACCUAACAAAGAUGGCGAAAGCUAAAACAAAAUAAAAAUUGGGGAAAUUAUCCUUGAUUUUAAAUGGAAAGUAACAUACAAAUGUAAAAGAUAAAGGAUAAAAAUGUCUUUCACAUGGAGAAUUUAAUGGAAGUCAAUGUCCACAAAAAAUUCCAAAAUACAUUAAUCGAUAGGAAUGAUAAUAUAGAUAUUGAUGAAAUAUUUAAAUAAUAGGGUUUUAGGUUUAAAUUAAAUCAGUCAAAGUUUAGAGAUUUAUUUUUUUAUCUAAGUGUUCUUUAAAAAUAAGGUUAGUGCUAUCUCAUAUUUUUGAUAUUUUUUGCAAAAAAAAGAUACUGAAAAUAUUGACUAAUGACUUAUUCUGACAUAAUAGAUCACUACGGACUUACCUAGAGUAUUUCCAUUUAUUUAUACUAUUUUAGUUCCUGAUUUGAAUGGGCUUCCAUUAAAUUCCCCAUUAGAACACAUGAGAACCAACCUGUCCAAAAAGCACAUUCUUUAGUAUUCUUUCGUUUUGGUGCUAUUUUGAAAGUCUACAGAGCAGUGUGAAGAAUCACACAUCAUGACAUGGCAUGGACUAAAGUGUGUGUGUGUGUGUGUGUGUGUGUGUGUGUGUGUGUGGUAGUGUUUAAAAGGAAUGCCAGAAACGGAAUUGUUUGAUAUGAGGAUUUUGCUGCUAACUCUAAGGGCUCGCAGUUUGGUUUGUUAAAAAUAAUGUAUAUACCGUAUCAAUCAGUCCAUCAUGAUGACUAGACUGUUUAUUACAAUGUUAAGUAGAACUCAGUCUCCCAACAUUGGCCCCUAAUAAAUACCACAGGCUUGAUUUCUGAGUACUGUCAAUAGAGGAUUUAAGUGUGAUCAUUUCUAUGGCCACCACAUUGCGAUCCCUUCGAGAGGGAAAAAAAAUAAAACUUGUCCAAAGCGGAUGUGUUCUUUCGCUGAUGCCAGCUGUGGUGUCGGUUACAUAAAACGAGAAUAAAACCAAGUAAAAGGAGCUGCAUUUAUACCAAAUCAGGCAUGACGGUGAUUGGCGCAGUCCUAUCGCGGUGUAGGAUUGGCACUUGGUCGAUUUGAGUGACACUCGUUGGCUGAAGGCCCAUCUGUAACCAAUGGCGCAUUGAUCACCGGUUAUGCGAUCGGCCACCGAAGUCUGUCAUUGGGUUUUCCAAAAGGUGAUUCCAGUUUUACGGAAUCCCCUAUGGCCUUCCACCAAAACCAACUACCAAGAUUGAAAUGAAUGGGAGAACCGUUUUAUUUUCACCGCACUGAUUUGUUGUGAAUUCGACUUGAAUAUUUCUUCAAAGUAAUGCAGGGUAGACAAACCUGGAAAUCUACUUGGACCACCACUGUCGAUCAUGUCCACCUGACACCAUACUUGUAUCAUUUCAUUAAAACCUCUUUCCCAAAUGAAUAUAAUGCUAGGGGUCGAACGCUGGGGAUUAUGUUGCUUACCAAAUCGCUUUUUUUGGACUUGUUGUAUCCUCCACUUUGUGGGAUGUAGAAGAAUGGGACUUUUCUUAUGGAGCUUUUUCCCCCCAUUAUAUUUUCUCUAUGGUCACAUUGAAUUCCUUGAAAUAAAACGCCUUCCUGUUGAGAGAGAAAUUUGAGUUACGAAGGCUCACAUCCCAAUAUAUUUAGCGCUUGGUUGUUAGGACGUCGGAAGCAACAAAGAAUUGAGAUGAUGCAUUGUGUGUACAGUGUGACAAUUGUGAAUGAGGUGCAAUAAGUCAUUUUUGGGAAGUGUGUCAUGUCAUGUCCAGAUUUGUGCCUUGAUUCUUGUGUGAAUCGCCUCGUCUGAGAGAACCUACUUCAGCUGUCCUGGGUCAUGUUUGAGAUUGACUGCUCUGGAGCUCAGGGUUCUAAAGGAGGAAAGCUCUGCAUCCUUUGCUCUUGGGAGGAUGCCAUGCUGUUGUUUAUGGGUCUGCGCCAGUUUGAAGCGGGAGGAAAUGGGCGUUUACUGCCGGCAUUCCGCGAGUAAGUACAGAGUUUAGGACAGGGCCGUUUGCCAAGGUACCUAACGCUGAGUUUAAGGAAGCCUCUGAUCCCCUUUAAGUCCUAUGUGACUCCUUAACAGAUCACACGGUAGCAAGAUGAAACUCAAAAUGAUGGUCAAACUUAUAGCCAAUGGCCAUAUAUAAAUAACAGCAGCGACUUCUAUUAGUACAGAGAUGCACUAGGUCCAAGAAUCAUGCACUGAUCUUAGACGCAUUUUUGAACAAUUGAAGUCCCCUCUGGCUUUCUGUUCCAUCUUUCAGUAUUGAUGUUCAGAACAGCUAAAACUCUUGAUUUUCUAACAAGGUUGGACAACACUUUGGUUGAACUAGAGCUGAAGUCAAUUAGUCCUUUUUCCUCCGAAGGUUCCGAACUGUUGACAGAAGAAAAAGUAGAAGAAUUUAAGUGUUGGCCAAGAUGAGAGCUGGUUAAAAAUGUUCUAUAUGCUUAGGAAAGUUGCUUUGAUGCUCCAAUGGCAUCCUGCAAUUCUUUGUCAGCAACACUUACAGCACCAUGGCAGAUCAACGUCAGUAACAUCUGUCGUUGCGUAACUACGUUGCCAAUUAGGGAAGUCGGAUUUCUCAAGCCGCAUUCUUUUAAAGAAUCCAUACCUUCCAGAUAUUGGCCACUGGAUCUCGUAGUUUCACGAAAGCAUAGGACUUUGGCUACCAGCUAGUAUUCAAAUCUCAAACAUGACUCUUUUCUAUGUCUGGGUGGGUUACAGAGUGCAACCUGAUCCCUAUGUUCACAGAGAGGUGAAAUAACAUGGGGUUUACCAUAUGGAUACUUUUGACAAGGGGUUGAUGUCCUGUAUGAAAGCCAGGAUCUCAUUGAGGGUAAUAGGUCAAAGAACAGAAGAAGUCACAGCAACAUAAAAAGUGUGCAUUGGUCGGGUGGUUGUGUUUUUAGGGAAAAACAGAUAAAAUCUAUUUUUAUUAUUUUUUACUUUGUACAAGCACCAUGAUGUAAUUACCUCAAUCAAAACCUAUUUUACUGUCUAAAGUUCUAUUGUUGUAAAAUACAAUUAUUUUAUGUAGUGUAAAAUCUUACAGUUUUAUAAAAAAGGAAAGUAAUGUUGGUUCAGAAAUUGUUGGUAUAAAUUGUGGAUUUCUGCUCUAUUGGUUAAGUUGUUUUGUUUUAUUUUUGAGGGCAUUUCUUUGGUUUGUAUUCGCUAACCCAGGAUUAAAAACUGAAGCUUGUGGAUACUGUCCACUCGUCACAACCUGACAUCCUCCUCUCAGUUCUCUGGGGGAUCUUUAACCUUCGGUUCACACAAUGAAUCUGAGAACUCUGUCAAUGUUCAUUUCAAAUGUACUCUUUUAUUAAUGUAGGGGAUUGUAGUUUAAAGGGUUUUGUGUAUUAAUAUAGCCUGCUUUUUAAUAAAUACACAUGAAAUGUGUUUCAGGAUCAUUUGUCAUCUACAAGGGAAAGUGAAAUCAGAAUACAUUUCAAAUGUAUUUCUUUGAAUCAUGUUAUAUCCUCUCCAGUUUGUUGGAUGGGUCCUGUUGUGUAAAUAUUACUGAUUAAAUUAAUUUAAGCAUUUCUGA